GCGAUUCACCCGAGUGCUGGACCCUCAGCUUUGACUUGACGAAAUGAGUGACAAGAACCACGAGCCACCAAAGACAUCUGCCACCGAACAGCAACAACAGGAAGCACUACUUCUUGAACUUGAAAUCAUACUUUCUACAGUUAAACAAAUCGAUACCAACUUAAUACGAUCAAUUGAACUAUUACAGAAUACCGUGUCGGUAGACCUCGAGCAGCAAAACAGAGCACGGGCAAGGUUGACUGGUACAGAAAAACAACAAAUUGAUAUAAACUUUAUUGAUAUGAUUAAAAGAAAUACUGCUACCAUCUCUAAUAUCCUAGAGACGUUAGACAGUUUGUGAAGUAGAUAAUAAAGAACGAAGUUAACGAAAGAAAGAAAAAAAAAAAAAGAUAAACGCGACAUUUGAAUACGCGUUAAACGACAAUUUUUUUACGCUCUCUUUUGAUUCUGAAAUAACAAAUCUUUCUUUAUAGAGAGUAUAGGAUGGAUCAACAGCAGUCUAAGUUGGUUGAACAGUACCAGGAGGCCAAGCUUCAGAAACAGUUGGAUCAGGACGAUGAAGAAGUCAAUAGUGACGAUGAUGAACUAUUAGAAUUAUUGGAACAGGAUGAUACCUUGGCAAAAUAUAGAGAUGAAAGAAUACAAGAGUUGAAAAAAGAAUUCAAUCGCAUUGAUAAUGCCACUGCUGGAGAACAAUAUGGAAAUAUGAUUACAAUUGAAGAUGAAAAACAGUUAAUGGAAACUGUCACUUCAAAUGAAUACACCCUUGUUCAC